AUGGGUGCUCUAGAUCACAUUUCUGAACUCUUUGACUGUUCCGGCGGCGGUUCUCAUCACAAAAAACGCAAACAAUUACAGACGGUGGAAGUGAAAGUGAAGAUGGACUGUGAAGGAUGUGAGAGAAAAGUUCGAAGGUCGGUGGAAGGGAUGAAAGGCGUAAACCAAGUUGAUAUAGAGAGGAAAGCAAACAAAGUAACAGUUACUGGUUAUGUUGAACCAAACAAAGUGGUGGCGCGUAUAGCUCACCGCACUGGGAAGAGAGCUGAGAUAUGGCCGUAUGUUCCAUACGACGUCGUUGAACACCCGUACGCGCAAGGUACGUAUGAUAAGAAAGCACCGGCUGGUUAUGUCAGAAACAACUACGAUAAUAAUCAGUAUUCUGGAUCUCAUCUAGCGCGUGCUAGUUCGACUGAGGUUCGGUACACCACCGCUUUCAGCGACGAGAACCCCGCCGCCUGUGCUGUUAUGUGA